AUGCCUUGGCCAAAAGGUAUCAAGCGUGUUCAUGGCCGUCGCACUCGAGCUAAUGGAACCCGGAUAACCUCACGGCCAGAGCCCAAGACUCCAAAGACUCCUGCCAAGCCUACCAUGGCGACGAAAAGUCAGCCCCAACCCCGGCCGUGCCCUUCGCCUAGCAAGCGCGGAUCCAAGCUCGAGCUGCUCGAGCGCAACGCGACGAAUCAGACAGCAGCUGCAUCAGUACUCCACGUUCAAGAUCUCAACCAAGAUCACACGUACUCCUCGGGCGACGACACAGAGGACGUUUGGUCCAGCGACGAGGAAGGCUUGCUACAUUCGUCUCCCGAGCGCACCUCAAAGCGUCUUCCACAGCAGCUCUCCGGCCGAACCGCCACUCCGCGACACCAGCGAGCUCUCCGGCGCCAUCAGCUCAAGUCCUCGGUCCUCCUAGGCAUACCCGACGUUGACGGACAAGACCCUGCAGGCAUCAUGUCGAGUCAGCAGGGAAAAUGGCGCGAGGAGCAGGUCCUCAUCAUCUGCCCCGGUAGCCAGACCACCAUGGCCCAGCUGGGCUGUGCAGAGCUCACCCCGCCGGCCCAUCGCAUACCUACACGCAUGUUCAAGGAUGAGGAGACCGGCGAGUACCUGCCAUACUAUACGUUCAAGCGCAGCAGGACGAGCGCCGGCAACGGCGACGAACAUGCAAAGCUCGACGAGGACGAUUACGAGUAUGUGGAGGACAGGGACUCAGUCGAGGGCGCCGUCUAUCCCAUCAUCGGCGGUCGCAUCGCCAAUAUGGAGGCCUUCUUGGCCUUCUUGGAUCAUGUGCACAGCCUACUUACGACCACAUAUCACAACACGCCCAUUGUGCUUAUGGCUUCACCGCAGUGGACUCGACCGGACCACGAGACCAUCGCACGUUACGUGUUUGAGAAGACCAAGACACCCGCCCUUUGCCUGUUGCACAGUGCUGUUGCUGCCCAGUACGGUAUCAAGUGGCCUACCAUGACUGUUGUUGAUAUUGGCUUCGAGAAGGUCGAUGUCACUUGCCUCUACGACAACAUAGUUGUUAGCAACAAGACAUUGGGGUUCCCCAACCCGGAUCGGGAGAUUUCAGGUGGUGAGGUUUUCACUCAGAAGCUCUUGUCACUCUUGAAGGACAAGAGCUUGACCCGGGACAUGGUCGAACAGCUCAAGAGGAGUUCGCUUUGCGAGGUCCUUCCUUACGACGGCGAGUUGGACGAGCUCAUGGAGCUUCCCACAGAGACUGGCGCACCAAGCCAACCACUUGUGGCCGAAGCCCUCAAGCCGACUGAGCCGCCGAAACCUGCACCGCAAAUUGGCGCCGAAGACGACAAUGGGAUUGUUGAAGAGAAGACUGCAGAUGAUGAGGGUGUCCUCGAUGUCGCCAACAUCGUUACCAGCGGCAACGCACGCGAGUUCAUUGCGAAGAAGGAGAAGGAGAAGGCAGCAAGAGGCAAGAAGAGCAAAGGUCAAGAGCCUGAACCUGCCAAGGCUGUUCGUCUGCCAAACUCUAAGAGGAGGUUUGCUACUUUUCACUACGAGGAGCUCGUACACGAGGACGUAACUGUCCCCGUUUCAGACGGUGCACCUCAGCCUGCAUCGGAGAACCCGACGAAUGGUGAGGCAGCUCCCGUUUCUACUGAAGCGGCACCAGCCUCUUCGGAAGACGCAACAGCGCCUGCUGUUGGCGAGACGGUCACCGAGUUGCCUUUCGCUGCCGAAGCAGCGACUCCCUCUGUCACAGAGCGUAGAACGAAGCGUGUCCGGAAAGAUUUCGAUAUCGGUCUAGAACGCUUCCUUUUCGCAGACCGUGGUGAAAUCGAUCGCAUCACAGAAACCAUCUACCGUACAAUCCAAAGCAUCGACGACAUUUACAAAAGAUCUGGCUGCUGGGACAACAUCGUCUUUGUUGGAAAUGGCAGUCGGCUGCGCGGUCUCAAGGAGAAUGUCAUGCAGACUCUGCAUGCCCGUCACCUCAUUUCUCCAAGCAGUGCCACCAUCUUCACAUCAGAACUUCCCUCGAAUAUGGCCACGCCAACCGGGACGGGCUCGCAGACGCCCACCGGCUCCUUCAAUGGUCAACUACCACUGCCAACAUCAAGCUCAGUGAACCCUCUUCUCCAAGCCGCUACAACCGCUUCUAUGGGGAUUCCUGGGUCCGUGCAAGCUCCUGGCUCUACGGCUGGUGAAGUUGGUCCCAGUCAUCAUUCACAUGCGCAGACGCCUACCAGUAUCAAGAUGGCAACCCUGCCAACUUAUCUUGCUGAGUGGACGAAAAACGGGUUUGAGGAGGCCAUGUUUCUCGGCUCGCUUAUCACAGCACGUCUUGCUUACUGCAUCCACAAUCUUGGUGAUGCUCAGACCCUGGAGGCUCAGCGGGGUAUGAGUCUCAACCGUGUUGAUUACAAUGAACUUGGUCCCAAGGCUGUCAAUACCCAUUCUAUGCUAGGUUAG